CGUUUAAAAUUUAUUCGAGUGAAAGUGACUCUCACUCGACUUUGACAAAGUGGCAGAUCAUUGUCGUUUUUACGUCGUCAAUUAAUCGUACCAGCAAAUUUUGGUUUCCCCGACAUGCAGCAACGAAGCUUCGUGUUCCUUUUGGCUGUGGCUUGUUUACUGCAAGUAGAAAGCUCGUCGCCCAAAUCACGACCAGUAUUAUCUUCCGCUCAGCAGUAUCCAUCAACACUGGAAUUGUCUGAAGAUGGGUUAAGUCUGAUGGAGCCGGCCAUCGUGCCCGAACCGGAAGACGGUGGCCGGUGGUGGUACACUCCAUCGCGCAAAGCUCACAUCCAUUCCGGCAAAUCCAAAAGCCGAUUGAUGCAAAGUCUGAUGCUGUCCAACAAAGUCGACGAAGAUUUGCGCCUUCCUAGCGACGUCUUGCCAAGCAACUACACCAUUCGGUUGCUACCGUUUAUCGAAGAAGGAAAUUUUACCACCGAUGGCCAUAUCGACAUCUUCGUUGACUGCGUUCGAGAUACCAAUAGCAUUUCCAUGAACGCGGCUGAUAUCACUUUUAAAAAGUUGUCUAUUUCGGUGCUGGACCUCUCCAACAAUAAUCCACUGACGAUGGUCGAUUUUAUUGACGAGCAGAGCACUCGAGAAAUCGUCACCAUUCGUACGGCUGAAAAGUUGAUGGCUGGCAAACGUUACAAGAUCUCGAUGGACUUUGUUUCCAUUUUGAACGACGAACUCCGCGGCUUCUAUCGCUCUUCUUACAUGGAGAACGGUGUCCGGAAGUGGUUGGCUGUAACUCAAAUGGAAGCCCCAUCAAACACCCGUCGAGCAUUUCCUUGCUUCGACGAACCGAAUAUGAAAGCCGAGUUUUCCAUCAUUCUCGGACGGAAGACAACCAUGAGGACUGCAAGCAAUAUGAACAUUAUUUCCUCCACCCCAAUUGAGGGAAUGCCCGACUACGUUUGGGACUACUAUGAAACAACUUUGAAAAUGUCGUCCUAUUUGGUGGCCUGUUUGGUGUCGGAAUUUGAGGAUGUUGCAACAACUACGUCCCACCGAGUUCCGUUCCGUCUCUGGGUGAAGCCAGAAUCUCGCGAUCUUGCUGGAUAUAGCUUGAGCGUUGCUCCUGGUAUGCAAGAAUUCUACGAGAGCUACUUCAAAAUAGCCUAUCCGCUACCUAAACAAGAUUUGGCCGCGAUUCCAGACUUUUCAGCAGGGGCUAUGGAAAACUGGGGAUUGGUGACAUACAGGGAAAGCGCCUUGCUUAUUGAUGUCCCACGCGAGAGCAGAAGCCGGAAGCAGAGCGUAGCUGAUAUCAACGCUCACGAAUUAGCUCACCAAUGGUUUGGCGACUUGGUGACAACCGACUGGUGGAGUAUUAUUUGGUUGAACGAAGGCUUUGCUACUUAUGUAGAAUUUCUUGGCACGAACGCGGUGGAACCUGAUUUCAGAAUGCUCGAUCAGUUUGUCGUCCGUGAACUGCACUAUGUCUUCGGUGUUGACGCCCUGGAGACGUCCAGACCCAUUAAUUACCCAGCGACUACUCCGGAUGAGAUCACUCGAAUGUUUGACGCCAUUUCCUAUGACAAAGGAUCCUGCAUCAUCCGAAUGGCCGCUGAUUUCAUUGGGUUGGAGACGUUCAAUCGGGGUCUCACUCGCUAUCUCAACGCCAGGUCUUAUAAAAAUGCCGUGGAAGAUGACCUAUGGUUGGCGUUGCAGCAGCAAGUCGACGAAGACGGAAUUAGCCUCCCUACCACCGUCAAGGACAUUAUGGAAACUUGGACCUUACAAAUGGGUUUCCCGCUCAUUACCGUGACUCGAGAUUACACCACUGGCGGUGCUUCGGUAUCGCAGGAUCGAUUUUUGAUCCGCAGAAAUCCCAACUCGACCGAUACCCACGUCUACAGCUGGUGGGUACCGUUGACUCACACCAACGGAGGCGAUUUGCUGGUGCGCAAAACAGAAUGGAUUUCCAAAGACCAACCAUCCACAACGAUUGGCAAUCUCGGAGCUAGUUCAGAUAACUGGGUUAUUUUCAAUUAUGACCAGCAAAAUUUAUACCGCGUAGCUUACGACAGUGAAAACUAUCGUUUGAUUGCCCAACAACUCAUGGUCGAUCAUGAACGAAUCUUGGACAACAACCGUGCCCAGCUACUGGACGACGCUUUCGUGCUGGCCUCUGUCCAUUUGCUUCCCUACAAAUCCGCCCUGGACUUGUCUCUCUAUCUGAAAUAUGAGAAGGAAUACGUGCCUUGGAAUGCUGUCCUUUCUGAGCUCAGCUACAUCGAUUCCAUGCUGUACAGCCAGCCACAAUACUCGCACUGGCUUACUCACAUGAUGAAUUUGGUGACGCCAUACUACAGCCACGUCGGUUUCCAAGAGUCGACAUUGGAUGCGCAUUUGACGGUUUUCGCUCGCAGUGACGCAAUGAGCUGGGCUUGUAAAUUACAAAUCGCAGACUGUGUCGACAACUCCAAAGCCAAAUACGCGGAGCUGAUGAAAGAGCCAGACAACAGCUUAAUUUUGUCGCCGAACCAGAAGAGCACCAUCCUUAAAACAGGUGUGGAAAAUGGCGGCCAGGCCGAAUAUGAUUUCGCGUUCACUCAGUACACAAGCAAAUAUGACACUUCCUUCCUCAUCGCUGCAGCCAGCAGCAAAAAUGUUUCGCGACUGAACAGUUUGCUGAACAAGAUGCUGGACAGCGAGUCCGGUAUCCGUCUGGGAGACGUCAACAAUUUGUUCAAUAACGUAGCGUCCAAUCCGGUGGGUAACGCAGUGGCCACCGAUUUCCUUGUGAAUCAGUGGGACGCUAUUGAACAAUCCUGGUUGGGGACUGGCUAUUUCGUCAGUUUCUUCCGUUACGUGUGCAACCGUCAGAACACGCAAGCGCAACUCGACAGGUUGCUGGAAUUGCGCAACACUCAUGUCGACAUCCUUGGAAGUUCCAACACCGUCCAACAAGGUAUUGACGUCGUUGUCGAGAACAUCAAGUGGAUGGAACUGCAUCAAAAUGAAAUUGGAAAUUGGUUGGCGGACAACAUCCCGCCUGCCACAACAACUACCCAAGCAACUCCCUCUUUCGCCAACGGAAAUGCAAAAAUGAAUGCUGCUUUCAUGUUAGCGGUGAUAUUUUUCGGAAUGUUUUUCAAGCCUUGAAUAAUUCAACAGAUUUUUGUCCACCGGUAGUUGAGAUAAUACCCAAUCCUUAACCAUAAAAGGGGUGUCAUCCGCAAAAAGAUAAAGCAAAUAUUU